AUGUUUCCUUCCAGGCAAUUCAUUCAACACGCCGUACAGGCUAUCCUCAUACUGGUUACUGCAACACUAACGACUUUCGCUGUGCGGGGCGCAUAUGCACGUCACGUCAGACGUAGAGCGUUACGCUCCGUGCGCGGUCCUCCGAAUCCAUCUUUCUUCACAGGAAACCUCCCCGAUCUAUACUCAGCGACUGGCUUGCCGUCUUUCAACGCACUAUCACAGUAUGGGCGCGUCACGAAGGUCCACGGCUUAUUUGGAGACGUAAUCCUAGUUAUCACCGACCCAUCCGCAUUGGCCGAUGUACUGAUAAAGAAUGUUACCACUUUUCCGGCUAUUGACAUUUCUGGAUCCCUGGACCUGAUGCGCUAUCUUUUCGGCCCUGGUCUCAUCGCAUCGAAUGGUCCUGAACAUCGCCGUCAACGCAAGUUACUCAACCCAUCCUUCUCAAGCGCCCAGAUCAAACGUCUGGCUCCACUCGUCCAGGACGUCGCCUUUCAACUUCGCGCUGCACUCAGCGAGCAGGUUGCCCGAGAUGCCCACGAGGAAAGAGAACCAGAGCGCGAGGUGGAGCUGGAAGGCCUUUUGGGAAGUGCAGCAUUGGACAUGAUAUCGAGAGCCGCUUUCGGGCAUAGUUGGAGCGCCAUGGAAGGUGACGGAGGAGAGUAUGUGCGCGCCGUCAAAGACUUAUCACCAGUUCUGGGUGCUCUAGGCUCGGUCGUGCCGAUCUUCAUCCUGAGUGGCGGCGCGCAUCUUCCAUCUGGAGUAUUGCGCCUGGCCGGCGCCGCGAUCUCUCUGAUUUCUCCAUCGUUACGCCAUCUGCUACACAUAGAGGCCGUGUAUCGUAGGGAGAUCCAAGCGGUAGUAUCCAAAGCCCGCAACGCUUGGCGCAACGAGUCUAGCCAACCCAGCCUGGAUCUACUCGGCGCGCUCUUCGACGCAGGUGACACAGGCCGAGCCUCCGACGAGGAAAUAUGCGCGCAAGCCUCAACGCUGGUCUUCGGAGGUACGGAGACGACGAGUACAAUACUCUGCCGGAUCCUCCAUCAGCUGGCAUUGGAUCCAUCCCUCCAGGACAGGCUUCGCGAAGAGAUUAUGGAUGCUCGACGAAGCCAAGAAGGUGGCGAGGAGAGUCUUUCAUACGAUGGACUGAUGGCUUUGCCUCUGCUCGAUGCAGUAUGCAAGGAGACGCUGCGCGUAUUUGCCCCUCUUCCAUUUCGCAACCGGCACUCUGUGAGAGAGAGCGUACUCUCCUUAUCUGACGGUACAAGUCUAUACGUGCCCAAAGGGACCGAGAUCCUGGUCAAUAUACAUGGAGUAAACAUGGACGAGGAAAUCUGGGGCAGUGAUGCGCAGGUUUGGCGCCCUCGACGUUGGCUUGAUCCGCUUCCCACGAGUCUGUUAAAGGCGAAGGUGCCUGGGCUAUAUUCGCAUCUUUUAACGUUUGCCGGCGGCAUCAAAGGAUGCAUCGGAUUCAACUUCUCCAUCAUGGAGAUGAAGACCGUCCUUGCGACGCUGGUGCCCGCGUUCGCUUUCUCGCUGUCAACAGAGCAUGAGAUAGAAUGGAAAUUCGCUUCUUUGAUCACGCCAGGGAUCAAAGGCGGUACGGACUUGCAUCCGGGGAUGCCUCUCCGUGUCAAGUUACUAGCCGAUGAAUAG